AUGCAAGUAUUCUUUAGUGACAUAGCCAGUCUGUUCCAAUCUAUCUAUCUAUCUAUCUAUCUAUCUAUCUAUCUAUCUAUCUAUCUAUCUAUCUAUCUAUCUAUCUAUCUAUCUAUGUUCAUAUCUGUCUAUUUAUCUGUAUGUCUAUCUAUUUCUAUCUAUAUGUAUGUGUAUAUCUCAUCUGUUCAUAUCUAUCUAUCUAUCUAUCUAUCUAUCUAUCUAUCUAUCUAUAUAUAUAUAUAUAUAUGUUUGAUUGAUCUAUCUAUCUAUCUAUCUAUCUAUCUAUCUAUCUAUCUAUCUAUAUAUAUAUAUCAUUCUAAUUAUCAGUCUGUUUCCAUCUAUCUAUCUAUCUAUCUAUCUAUCUAUCUAUCUCUGUUCAUACAUAUCAUUCUAUUUAUCCGUCUGUUUCUUUCUUUCUUUUUAUCUAUCUAUCUAUCUAUCUAUCUAUCUAUCUAUCUAUCUAUCUAUCUAUCUAUGUAUCUAUGUUCAUAUAUAUCAUUCUAUUUAUCCGUCUGUUUCUAUCUAUCUAUCUAUCUAUCUAUCUAUCUAUCUAUCUAUCUAUCUCUCUCUCUCUAUCUAUCUAUCUAUGUUCAUAUAUAUCAUUCUAUUUAUCCGUCUGUUUCUAUCUAUCUAUCUAUCUAUCUAUCUAUCUAUCUAUCUAUCUGCCUGUCUUGA